GUACGAGUAUAGCAGUAUCAGAUCCUCCACGAUGCUAUCAGAUCCUCCGCCUGCGCCCGCCGACGACGACGAAGUCCGCCGCGCCAUUGCCGCGUUCGUCGAGCAGCGCAGCUGGAACUUAUACUACGGGUGUGCAUAUCCUCCCGGCUCCCGAGAGAGGUGGUGACAGUUAACGAAGCACCCCCCGCAGUAUCCUCCUCAACGUCCUGUUCCUGCUGGUCGUUGUUAUCCGACAUAUCACAAAACACCUGCAUCUGCUUAUCCCGCGGGUAUCACUCUACAAUCCCACGCACCACGCACGGGCGUUCACCCCACUCCCACGGGCAGCAUGGAGCGCCUUCACCUUACCGACCGCACCGCAAGCGCUCGCGAUGGUGCUGACCACUAUGAUAACCGCCGUGGUCAGCUGCACAUCCUACUCGCAGGACAUCUACGUGCCCAACCCGCUUUUCACGACCACAACGUCGCAGUACCUGCGCUACAGCGCGAACCGCACCGGCGUGCUCUCCUUCGCGCUGCUGCCGGCACUGGUCCUCUCCGCCGCCCGCAAGAACAUCCUCGCCCACGCUACCGGCUGGAGCCUCGACUCGUGGAACGUCUUCCAUAGGUUCCUGGGAAGGCUGGCUGCCGUGCUGACCGCGGUCCAUACCGUGCUGUUCUGUGCGUACAUUGUGGAGCGCGGGGAGCGCUUCGCGCCUCAGUGGAGGCUGCAGUAUUGGUGGGGUGGCGUGGCCGCCGGUGUCGGCAUGCUGUGGCUCGCUGGCCCGCCGAGUGUGAGGUGGGCAAGGAGGCGCAGCUAUGAGGUUUUCCUCUGGGGACAUGUGCUGGCCACGCUGGUGGUGGUGUAUACGUGUGCGGUGCAUGUGUUCUGGGUGCUGAGUGUGGAGUGGCUGUGGGCUGCCGCGGGGUUGUGGCUGCUGGACCGGGGGCUACGGCUGUGGCUGGGUGUUGGUGGGGGCGAGUGCGAGGGGAUAGCGCAGACGCGGGGGGAUGUGGUACGGCUCCAGGUCACGGUGCCGGCGAAGUCCGUGGGCGAUGCGAGGCCGGGACUGUUUUUCCACCUGCGAUUUCCAGGGCUGCGCUGGGGCGAGAGCCACCCCUUCUCUGUCGCGCACGUGAAGCGGCUGGGCGACUCUGUCACCUCCGUCGCAUCAUCGGAGGCAACAUCGCUCCUUCCAACGUCUGGCGGAAAACACAAUGGGAGGUUGCAGCUCACAUUCAUCAUCCGCCCCUACUCGGGCAUGACGAAGGCACUGCACGCCUACGCCGCCACUCCGUCCACCGGGUCCGCACUGAGUGUGGGCGUUGAGGGCCCGUACUACCACCACAUCCCGCUGCCACCACGCACGCUCUUCCUUGCCGCCGGCGUCGGGAUCGCGCUGGUGCUGCCGUAUCUCCGCGCGGAGCCGCAGGAGGCACACUGGGUGCUGGGGAGAUCGGAGGAUCUGUGGGCGCUGCAGAGCGUGCUGGAGGAGACUCCCAAUCGCGGGCUCGAGGGCUUGAGGGUUUGGUUAACGUUUAGGGGACGGCCAGAGAUGCAGAUUCUGCGAGAAUUGGCCAGGGUUGGUGCCAGAGUCGUGUGGGAAAGGCUGCCGAUUCGCGAUGCGGUUGAGGCGUGGGUCGGAGUCGGUGCGAGCGGUGAGGGGAAGACGAGGUUGGCCGUCAUGGCGUGUGGGCCGGAGAGGUUCUUGGAUGCGUGUAGGAGUACGGUUGGGGCGUUUGAAGGGGUGGAGUAUUGGGAGGAGGUUUCGACGAAGUAAGACGUUGUGUGAAGAUCUGGGUGUAGAUAUAGACUGCGUACAUACUUUAGCCGUCGUGUAGUUGAAAGAAAGUUACGGUUUUGAUGGGCGGAGUAUCCGAACUGUGG